AUGGUGACCGUAAAACCGCCUCACCAGCGACGAAAAAGGAACAAUCUUGGAAGGGAGCUGGAUGGACCGGUCGAAGUAAUCUGGUCCGGCGAUUGGAAACCAGCUCAGAAAUACGUCAAGAACGUUACGCUUCACAACAAAUCCCUCACUCUCUUGAAGAUAAAAUUCACUCCUCCAACCAGCCGCAACUUUUCCUCCCCCUAUGGCGCUGAGAAAUUCGAAAUGGCCCCAGGAAGCUCGAAAGAAUUGCCGAUCGUCUUCCGCCCUUCUGAACUCGUUCCUUACAGCGAUUUCGUCCGGAUCGAGACCAAAGAUGGCUCUUAUGAGAUCAGAUUGGAAGCGAGACUUCAAGUGCCGCGAUUUCAAUUUCCUGAUACGCUCAAGUUCACGCCAACUCCAGUGAAAGAACAUCGAUCAGAGAAGUUUCUAGCUCACAAUCGUUCUUCAGUCGAGACACCUUUCCGCUGGGAAGUCUUUCCCGAAAAUUUCCAUAUUCACCCAGCGGAAGGGAUCGUCAAGCCGCGCGAUACCCAAGAGUUCAUCAUCACGUUCCGAUCGGACUAUGCUGCUGAAUACAAAGGCGUUGGCGAAUGCUUCUUUGGCCCUGAGCUUGAAUAUUCAAGAAAGAUGAAUAUCCUUGCGACAUCAAUGUGGCCGAAGUUGCAUGUGGGAACUGGCGAGAAGAAAUCGAAAAUUGCCAAGGUCGAUUUUGGCAACAUAAACUUCGGCGAUGAAGUCGAGCGCAAAGUGAAGAUCUACAAUUCGUCCGAUGUUGUGGCCCGCGUGUCGGUACUCGACGCGGACAAACGCGAUGGAGACGUCAUUCCCAGUCCAUUCAAGUGUCUGGCGAAGAGUCUCGCCAUUGCGCCGCACAAGCACGCUAUUUUGCCGAUCAAGUUUAAGCCGCACUGCUCUUCGAAUGUCAACUUCCGCCGCGUGCUGCAAGUCGCCUGUGCCGAGUUUCCAGAGAUGUGUUCUCUCACCGUCGAGUGCACUGGCUGCUCGCUGCCAGCAAAACUUGAAUUCAGCGAAAGCAUCAUCGAUUUUGGACGAGUCCGAACUGGAGAAAAACCCAAUGUCUCGAUUCGCAUGGAUAAUACUUCCGGAAACGUGGCGAAAUUCCAGUUCAUGUGCGAUUCAACCAACAGCGUCUGGUCUUUCGAACCAUGCCAUGGAAUUUUGAAGAAAGGGGAACACAAAUACAUUAACGUCACUUUCGAACCAUUGGAACCCGCGCCAUACAAUCGAAAAGUCCCGAUUUUCAUCGAAGGCGCUCCACCCCAGUUUAUCCAACUCUCUGGCUCAGCCUACACAGAUCUGAUCAAGCCAGCGCAUGUGUCGAUCGAGCAGCUUCAACUUCGAUUCUCCGCUGAUGCAGAAAAGAUUCCCCUUGCUAAGCGACAGGCGAUGCUAGAAUCGGGCGACUUGAUUCAGGACAAAGAUGCGAUUAGGCUGAAAGAUGAACCUUAUCCAGUCGCGUCGGACAAUGUAUGCGCCACAUUCUUCGAGGACGAUACUGAAUCCGUACCCGCGAUUUCCCUGAGCACCUACGCCAUUGAUUUCGGCAGCUGCUUGGCCGAUGGAAGCAUCAAUUCUCACCCGAUCCAAGUGACGAAUCACACAAAAGACGAUAUCAUCGCCCAGUGGUACAACAGCGAAACAACGUGCUUUUCAGUUUACCCGAAUAAAAUGAAUCUGCGUCCUGGAAAAUCAGCGAUGUUCACCGCUCGAUUCGUACAAAACAAGGGAAAGCAAUCGUUGUAUGGAGCUGAAAUGGAGUUGAGCGCUUUCUUCAAGGAUAUGAUGGAUUACACGGAAGUGAAAACGAAUCUUGUGUCGCCGAGCUGGUGUGCCACCGUUAAUCUCACCGCCAAUACCUUUGCGCCGCAGUCUGAAGCAUUUCCUUCUAGUGUGGAAAUUCCAGAAGAUAUCAUUAUGAAUCCGAGCUUCACCUCGUAUCCGACAUAUAGAACAAUAUGCAUGAAUAAUAGCAGCACGCUGCCGGCUUUAUACUCCUUCUCCGGCGACAACUGUCAAAUCUACCCCAAAGUGGGAAAGGUCCGAUCAGAAAUCGAGUUCCAGCUCGUCAUGGUCCGAACGGUGACCCAAGCGCCAGCAUCAAUAGCGAAAGCCACAGCGAAAUUAAACGGCGAUGCGCGUUAUGAUCAAUCGCUGACGGUACGAACGCCUGGCGGAGCUCCUGUUCUCGAUUAUGAAAAGGACAUUUAUAUUCAACCAACGAUGUUAAGUGGCACUUCAUGCACUAUGUUUAGAAUCCAGAGCAAUACUCGGCUACCCAUCAAUUACCAGUGGGUCUUUCCCGGAAACGAGAUCAAGAUUCGCCCAGAAAUGGGCGUCAUCGAGCCGCUCGGAACUCAAGAGUUCGAGGUUUCGUUUUCGCCGACCAAGGUGAUACAGUAUCUCCUCAAGCCCGAGCUGAAAUUUUGGGCAAAUCGCAAAGAUGUCCACGCAUCACACGUGCGCGUCAUCUCUGAAGGACUUCAAGCUGCUAUAGAACCAUCGAGCAAGUUUGUCGACUUUGGCAGUCUAAAGGUAAACUGCCGGGCCGAGAAGAAAGUCAAACUUCUCAAUCAAUCAAACUGCGCUGUCCGCGUGGCCUUGUCCACAAAAAUGACACUGAAUGGCGAGGAAUGUUCAUCUAGUCACAUGAUCAUCGAGGACAACAAUAAAGUUGUCACCGAGCUGUAUCUGGAACCCCGCUGCAGUCAGAAUCUCUACCUGAUUCUCAAUUGUCCCAAGGAUGGCAGAUAUACCUUCGACAUCGAAUACAGCAUCGGCACUGAAAAGGGUCUCCUCGUCCACGUUACUGCUGAUGUUUGCUACCCGCUUCUUGGCAUCACUCACGUUUCCUGCUCUGAUUUGAUUCCAAAACAACUUCUGUACAAAUGGAUCAGCGUGGCUGAAAUGGACUCUCGUCUUCGAAGCACUCCUCUAGCUCAAGACCUUGAAGAUGCGGAUUACACAAAGUUGGAAGCAAUUGAUGUCAAUCUCGGGAGCUCGACAAUCAACGCAGAUCCUUUCAGUGCCCGCUUCGAGCUCGUAAAUCCUGGAACAACGGACGUGAAAUUCAAGUUCCUCUUUCCCGCCGAUCUUCGACUCGAGCUAGAAAGCUGGGCAGAUGCGAACGAACUUUCUGAUAGUCAGACGCACAUUCUUCAAGUUGAAGACAACCGACUUUUCCAAGUCAAGCCCCGUUCAGCAACUCUUGCACCAAACGAGCGCUGCGUGGUCCGGCUGAAUUACGCCCAUCAUUUAGUCGGAACUCAUCAUCUUCCAGUGAUUCUUUCAAUCUUCGGCGGUCGACAAUUGCCAUUGAGGCUUUCUGGAACUACUUUGUCAAAGAAAGACAUUCAGAUUCACUUGCCACUUGGAGAAAACGCGCUAAAAGAGGUCGAGCUGAACGAUAUUCACCCGCCGAUCCAAGAUGUUGAAUUGUACAAUGGAAGCAAUCAAAAAAUCAACUACGCUAUCGAUAUUGCUCCUUUAGAAACGACGAAGGCUGAAAACUGGGACUGGCCAAUCUUCCAGAUCAUAACUCCAAAGGGCAGUAUUGAGCCGCAUUCUACUGGAAUCGUCAAAGUCAGAUUCGCUCCACUCGAAGCCAAGGAAUAUUCAGUGACCCUGAAAAUGGAUCUCGGGCGCGGGCUCACCCAAGAACUAUGCAUCAAAGGAAGUGGCGUUGAUCCGCGGAAUUCGGCUAAAAACUUGCUCGACCUGGAGGCCCAAACGAGCUUCCUGACCAACGGACGAAACAUCGAAAGUAGAUCAGCUCUCUGUCGCAUGAAUAUCGACCGGCUAAGGCUUGGAGAAGUACCGCUAGAUGCGCCGAUAAGACGACUCGUUUUCAUCACUAAUCAAUCAGACGCGCCGGUUUUCUUCAACUGGGCGGGCUUGACCGAAUCCACUUCCGUCGUCCCAUGCAAAGGAAAAAUCGAAGGAAGCGCUCAAAAAACAGUCGUCAUCGAAUUCAAAGCUCCCAGCGCUGGUGGUAGCGCCGUGCACAAUGUCGAUCUUCACUGCGAAAUCACUUCGGAAUCGGAUCAAAUCACGUACUUAGCGAAUCUACACGCGUGGAAUAUGGAAAAGAAGCGACAAGAGGAAGAGUUUACCAUUACAGAUCGACAUCUUCGACCUAAACAGGUGAAACUGAUCGAUUCUGCAGAAGAAUCCCCAUCGCGGCCUGUGACACCUUACAAAACAUUACCUCCAAUCUCGCCCAGAGUGAUUGAAACACGCCGGCGUGGAAUGUACUCCCGUGGUCGACCUGCUCGCAAGGAACACGUGUGGUACAAACCGCUCCCGCCAAAGCCAGACUUGCUUCCGCUAAAUGUAUCCGCGCGUACUUUCGAGCUCAGCCAGUUUUGGAAAGGACGAAUGAUCACCGAGAAGGUCGCUGCUUCAAAUGAUGAAAUUACGUUGUUGAAAACUAUCACCGGCAACGUUUUGAGAACUCUUGUGGAUGACGAAGCCGUCCAAGAGCAACUCUUCCUGACUGGCGACGAGAAGAUUCCAUACUACUCUCAAUUCGAAAACGCCAUCUGGCCGCCCAAGCGCUCCAGCUUGAUGACGAACCUUCUCUCGACUCUGGAAGAGGAGGCGAAAGAGGAUAAAAUCUUUUGCCUCCUCCAACUCCUCAAAACUCGGUCGACUGAGGAAGCAACUCCAGAGGAAGCAAAGAUGCUCGAAAACGUCAUGAGUAAACUGAUCUCCUCGGUCAUGGUUUCUGCCAGCGUCGGCGACUGCGUCCUCACAGCCGAGCCAAGAAAGAUUAUGGUCAAGCCAGAGUGA